CAGUCGGUCAGGCUCUUAGUUGUUACUGUGUCGUCUGUAUUCAGUUCCAAACGCUUCCAAAGUUUGAAGCCGGCAAUUACACGAAUUCCUCCUAAAAAAAAUUUGAACGGUUCAUCUUCUCAAACAGGAAUAAAGUCCUUAAUGACGAUUGACGGGAGUUUUAGUCUGCAAUACGCAUUGGAUAGAUUCCUUGCUCGUUGUCCUAACCUUCGAUGCAUUCCCGGAUUGCAGUCUCUCUCGCAGAAGGGAGACAGCUUGACGGAAGAAGAAGUUGUGAACUCACUAGCCGAGCUGUUUAUGCAUCCAAAUUAUACAGUCCCUAUGAUGGGCUGUUUCCGUCCUAUCGCUCGAAAGAUUGUGGACAGAGCAGUGGCUUUACUUCGACUAGUUCAGAGCUUGAAAUUGGAUUCUAAAGAUAAAGUCAUAGUGAUUGGGGAGAAUGGACAUACCAGUGAAACAGGAAACAGUGAUGUUGAGGAUGACGUUAAUGUUAUUGCUUUAUAUGUUAGGAGCGGAAGGGGUUUGAAGCUUCAUGAACUUGCCUCUUUGGCAUUCUGUCGAGCCGUUGAGUUGGCACCUUUUCUGUUGGGGUCUGUGUUAAAUUAUUUCAAAUUUGCUCCACCUCCUUUCCAACGUCUUUUAGUAACUGAUUCAACCUCACAGAUCAUAGAGAAGGUAUUCUCCUAAUGAUUAUUAAGCUUUUAUCUUUUUGUUUUAUAAUAUUCAUUCGGAAGAAAGU